GGUCUUUUUUCUUUUUCUCUCUUCCCUGUUCUUAGCCCCUGGCGCAUUGUGGACGACUGUGGUGGGGCCUUUACCAUGGGUACCAUAGGCGGCGGUAUCUUCCAAGCAGUGAAAGGUUUUCGCAAUUCCCCAGUGGGAGUGAACCACCGGCUGCGAGGGAGUUUGACAGCCAUUAAAACCAGGGCUCCGCAGUUGGGAGGGAGCUUUGCGGUGUGGGGAGGUCUGUUCUCCAUGAUCGACUGCAGCCUGGUUCAGGUCCGAGGGAAAGAGGACCCCUGGAACUCCAUCACCAGCGGGGCCUUGACGGGAGCCAUCCUGGCCGCCAGAAACGGACCGGUGGCCAUGGUGGGGUCAGCCGCGAUGGGCGGCAUCCUUCUGGCUUUAAUCGAAGGAGCUGGCAUCUUGUUGACGAGAUUUGCCUCCGCACAGUUCCCCAACGGGCCUCAGUUUGCUGACGACCCCUCCCAGCUGCCUGCGGCCCCGGCCCCGCUGCCGUCCUCGCCAUUUGGAGACUACCGGCAGUUCCAGUAGGACUCCUCCCAGAGGGCGCGGGGCAGGACGGCUCUCAGGACGUCAGGGACAGGCACUCCAGACCGGAGGUGGGACGCUGCGGCCACAGAGGCCACGAAGAGACUUCUAGCGUUUUCUCUAUUUAAAGGAACAUGGGGUGGGGUGUUAAAGGAUAAUCCACUUAUUUAUUCGCCCUGGAGGGCGUUCGUGAUCAAAGUAAGUGUCUGAUAUCUUUAAGAAAACAUAAGUGCUGAGAAGAUGCAGGACCACAGGGCACACGGCGGUGAGCCUGGCCACCAGCUCCUCGGGGCUCCUGCCUGGCUUGGUGUUCUGUUAGUCAAACAAUAAACUCCUGGAGCUUGCUCCUUCUUCGAUAA